AUGGCGGCCCCCACUGGAACGUGCUGCAAAAUUGGUCCAUCUAUUCUCAACGCUGAUCUGUCGAAUUUGGCCUCAGAAUGUCAGCGAAUGAUGGACUCUGGAUCGGAUUUCCUGCAUCUUGAUGUCAUGGACGGUCAUUUUGUUCCGAAUUUAACAUUUGGUCAUCCUGUCGUGAAAUGUUUGCGACCCAAAUUACCGGGUGUGUACUUUGAAAUGCACAUGAUGGUAAACAACCCGGAAAAGUGGGUUGAAGGGAUGGCUGAUGCAGGGGCAGAUCUCUACACCUUCCAUAUUGAGGGCUCAGAUGACCCAAUGACAUGCAUUCGCAAGAUCAAGGAAGCGGGAAUGAGGGCUGGGGUGGGGAUUAAGCCUGGUACCCCUGUGGAGAGUCUGUUGCCCUUACUGAAGGAAGUAGACUGGGUAAUCAUCAUGACAGUGGAGCCUGGCUUUGGGGGUCAGAAAUUCAUGGAAGAUAUGAUGCCAAAGGUUCGGUAUCUACGAGAAAACUUUCGAACAUUAGACAUAGAAGUGGAUGGAGGAGUUGGUCCCAAAACUAUUCAUCAGUGUGCUGAGGCCGGUGCUAACGUAAUUGUGUCCGGGAGUGCUGUGGUUAUGAGUGAUGACCCUAAGGAGACAAUCCGCAUGAUGCGGCAGGUGGUGGAGGAGGCAAUGCCCAAGCCAUUGGUAGAGCGAUGACUCAUGGAGAACUUUCAGAGUUGUAUUAAAUGUGUACAUGUAUGAAUAUGAAAUUAUAAUACUUCCAUUCCGGGGAGUGCAGACUCAUGGCAGGUUUUGUCAUUCUGCUGUAUAGUUCUGCUGUAUAGCUCUGCAACUUUUCGAGAUUCAUACAUGGUAGUAACUGAUCUGCACAUGUACAAUGAGGUUACGUUGUCGAAUCCAGCACUUGCUGGUGUAGCUGAUACCUGAGUGGCAGCUUUGAUCAUGCGACAAGCAAGUAGCUCAAGAAAAGUUACAGGAAAUCCUGAAAUUGGCACCAAAUUGAAAUUCUAAAAGUGCAUAAAUUUGGACAUGAAAUAAUAGAAAAAUUGAGCACGAACAGAAUUAUUCUCAGGAUUAGCACUGGUUAACAUGACAGAACUUGUGUAUAUUUAUCAGUUUGCCAAGCACUGUUAGGGGGAAUGAUGCCCACAGUUAUCUUCCCUUGAUGGCAUCACAUCUUUAUUUUUUAAAUCUCUGAGGAGUGAUUUCUGUAAGGGUUGAUUUAAGGUUCAUGAUAGUUUUAUGGUUACCAGAACAUCUAUAUCAGAAGGAUAACUGGAAAUUAUCAUGUUCUGUGUGCAGAAUUUGGAAGAAAGAAAGGAAUAUACAUAGCAUUUUGAGAAAUUCAUUCAAGAAAACAAAUUCAAUUCACCAU